GGAAAUCACCGAACACAGGUUUUACAAAGCACUAGGUCUUGUCAUUUGGACAAGUUAUGAUCCAAACUUCAGACUAGAUCUAGAUUUAACUAUUUCAUUAGACUCUACUUCUGCUUCAGUGACUUUAAAGUUAGGUAACCGCGCAGUGCACCGUUCAGGCUAUACAUGAGAGAGAGAGAGAGAGAGAGAGAGAGAGAGAUUCGUCACCUGGUUUCGCUAGAUUUGAGAAAAACUUAUAUUUAAAAUGUUCUACGGUGUCACAAAUGUGGGACAAUGUUGUCGUCUGGAAGUUCUAUGACGUCACAAUGAUGUGUUCUGUCGCUUGUAGGUGUGUUAAGUGUAUCAUUCCCGCAGUGGAUUAACCUGAACUCUGGAUUAGGAAAUGGACAUUUUUCUUGACUAAGUAAGCAUGGCUGAAGUAUACAAACUUGAUAUUAGUUCUCCGAUACGAACAAUGUCUAAGACAUAGAUCUAGAUCUACUUCGAGUCUGUCAGGUCUAUACGAUGCUGACGUUGCCCCUGAUGUGGUGUGUUACUGAUCUUGUCUAUUAGACCUACGCCAGAACGAUCUCCCAAAGGCUAUAAACUAAAUAGUGUAGAUCAUCAAGUACUUCAACAUGUCAACCAGUAACGACAGCAGCACCACAACGAAUGAAACAUCAAGCACAACUCAAGAGUCGACAUCUAGUAGCAGUACGCAACCAAAAGUCGAAGGUAGGACUUUAGAGUCAUACAGACAAAUCUCAAAAUUGCAAGAGAUACCUGUCAUUGUUGGUUCUGUAGUAGGCGGCGUUGUGUUUUUACUCUUGAUUCUCAUUGUUACAGUUGUAAUAGUCAAGUGGAGAAAAAGGAAGACAAGAAGAAGAAAGUCACCAGCACCGUUACCUGAUCUUCGGACACAAACUAUUGAGCCACUGGACAAAUCAACCCAGGGCUCACCAUCUACAACACCAACUACAUCCGAACAGCAUUCUCCACGAGCGUCCCACAACAACAGCUUUGGGGUUGACACGGACAUAGAAAUGUCUCGAGACUCCUUAAGUCACCUGCCAGACAUUUCCAAAACUGAAAUUCAUCUCCCCGGUCACAGUCCUAACUGGAACAUUACGAGCGGACCGCUAAUCAACAAGGCUAUCUCCGAAUCAAACAUAAAUAGAACUCCCAGAAAUCAACCAAUGAUUUCUACUAAUGAUGAAAAUAGUAGCAUGGAUUACAUGGACAUGAACUCUAAUUCGAUUCGCCCCUUCGCCCAUAAAUUCCUUUCUCAGAGAUACGUGAAUCUACAGAAUGACACCUCCAAGCUUAACUUAAGCUCCGACACUUCUCAGGAGAGUCUGGGUGCCAAGGAGUCGCCCAAGAAAAGCAAGACCAAAGUGCAAGACAGCCUGGAGGAAGACAUUCCUCAAGAAGAUUAUAUAAACAUGAGCAACGAUCUGUUUCAUAAACCAACAGACAAGGUAAUCAAAGCAGAAAAGUCAGGCGAAAUAGCUAACCAACCAAACAAUGAAGAUAUAAGUGUUGAAGAGGGUCAACAAGACAGUUAUAUUAACAUGGCAGAAAUUGAUAUCAAACCACCAGCUCUCCUAAGUGCUACUGACACUCGUAAAGAAGUGUCUAGUAAAGCAGAUACUGAUAGGAAGUAUUCCAAUGAGUCAACUGAUAAUGCUGAGCCAGAGGACUACAUUAACGUGGAGACAGUAGUUAUACCAUUUAAAGGUGAGAAUAACAAUCAAGUAUUGAAUAACAGAUCGAAUGUGUCAACACCUUAUAAGCAAGAAAUGAGUCCAAAAUCUUCAAAUAAUCCAUUAGUUGUUUCAUCACCAUUGAAUAAAGACAAUCAUUCCAAACCUUCAAAUAAUAAAUCCAUAGGUCCGCAACUUUUGAAUCAAAACAACAGUUCACUAACGUCACUAAAUAAAUCCUCCGCUAUUCCAUUCAAUAAGAAAGAUAGUUUUAAAACAUCAGAUACUGUUUCAAGAGUUCCUACUCUAUUGAAACAAGAAACGCAACCAGGAGAAAAAACCUCCAACAUUUCAUCUUUAGCUCCAGAAAGAAACCAAAUCGCCCGUGAUGACGCUGAUAGCUCUGACAGUGAGCCUCUAGAAGACUACGUUAAUGUUGAAGAGAAAUUUCAGCCCCCACAUUUCAUCAACAAUGCCACCCAAAAAGAGACAAUAUCUCAAAAUGAGAUUUUAAAAGAAAGUAGUUCUUCCAACUCUUUACCAGGAGUAAAACAAGCGCCUCCAACUUUACCCAAGUCGAAGGCUGCCAAAAACAUUUCAGAUGAAUUAGUCAGAACCAAACCCAACAGCAAUAAGAUAAACAUGCACAAACAGCAGACGAUAGCAGAAGUUCAAGAGGACAACUCUAUUUAUGAAAACGCAAACGAAAAGCCGCCAAAGAAUUUAGAAUUGUUGAAACCUCAAACUAACUUCAAAGACAAUGCCGGUAAAAUAAGCCCUAAACUGAAUGCACUCUUGUCAAAUAUGCAACGGAAGCCUGCCGUUUCGCCCAAACCUAAAUGAGGACAAUUCCAGUGUUUACUUAUCAAAGGUCAUGUACAUGUAAAUAGGUGCUUGCGGUGUGUAAAUAAACUGUGCCAGUAAGUUGCCAAAGCUCAAAGCAAUAUUUUCACGUGGUUCAUUGACUAGAAUGCACCUAAGUUUACUUAGUCACCCAUACCUAGUGCCUGCAUCAACAAAUCAAUGGUGGAGUUGGAUUUUGUAGACAAAAAGCAAGAUCUAAAAGCGGUGAAAAAAAUCAAUGUAGUUUAUACUUAUAAUUUAUUCACUCAAGUCUGAAGACUAACUUCUGUAAGACUUGUAUUUAAACAACAGUGUAUUAUCUGACUUUAUGGAGGGUUGGCUCUAUUGACAUUUCUUGUAUCAAUAUUUCCAUGUGGCUUCCAGAAAGUGACUUUUUAAUUGGGUACAGUAUUUGCUCAUACAUGUUGAAUGUCUCCAUACCUCAAUGUUGCCUGCUAAUGAAAGUGUCACUUUUGACAAUCAUAAUUUCUAUUUUUACCUAAAACUAAACUUGAUACAAUUACUAAAUUAUUGUACUGAUGUGUUCCGCUGUAAUCUCUUGUGUUGAAAUGUUGAACUGUUGUUAAAUGUAUGAUGCAGUUAUUCCUACACGAACAAAUGUGUGUGGUCAUUGUAGUGUAUUUAGUGAUUGUAGUUUAUUAAAUGUAUGAUGCAGUUAUUCCUACACGAACAAAUGUGUGUGGUCAUUGUAGUGUAUUUAUUGAUUGUAGUUUAUUAAAUGUAUGUGUCUCCUUCUUACUCAGCGUUGCUGAGCCAAAUUUAGUCCUUAAUGGAUGACUUCCCGCAAUCGUAGUUGGCAGUUGCGACACUGAUUGUAUUGAGCCGUCUUUUAGAAACUACGGCAUAUCUGGGCAAACAGACUCAGAUAGUAAAUGUAGGCUUACUACCUUGUAAGAGAUACCUUCAUCAUUUCAAAUUCACUGUUUGGGAAAUCUUUUAGUUUUGGCGUGAGCUAAAGCAUUUCCACCUCUAUUAGUUAGAAAUUCAGCACACACAAUUUUAUUACGUACACCAGCAUAGAAUCAGAAAAUGGACACGAUUCUGAGAAUUGUAUAAGAUGCUGUCAAACUAAUAAAUAUUAUGAAUAAAUAUUAUGUAAUCCUGCCACCCAA